AGAAAUUACUGUAGAUGUGAGAAGAGACGACAUUAAUAAAAUGGAGAACAUUGAUUUAAGGAAAUUAUUUCGUCGGGGACAGAUUCGGGUGACACCGGUUGAUCACGGAAGCAAAAUGAUCAAAGUGCAGACAAGAUUAAACGAGAAAAGACCGACAAUGAAUUGUUGAUAUAAUGAAGAGAUUGUCCCUGGCUUUCAGUCUUGGAGGUGUGGCACUUGCAGUAUUCUGGCGCCAUGGUUUGUUUAGCUAUAUCUCCUUCACAUUGCUCUACGCAUCGGUCUGCCUUCUUGGCGUGUCGGUCGGAGUGCGAUGGUUCAUUGACAGAAGCCCAUUUUACCGUACAGCAUUACCACCUCAGACUUCGAGUUUCCUAGGGCUUCUGGUUCAGAAAGUCAAGAAAAAGAAAAUGGCUCUUCUCUCAAAACAAAGGAAAGUGGUAACAUCACAGAACUUGGAUUUGGCCAUUCUUGAAGUAAUCGACCUGUCAAUUAGAGAUUUUGUCAUGACAUGGUAUAAACCCAUUGGUAAAGAUGAUGAGUCAGUAGCACAGUUAAUCAAAUCUGACAUUUGGAUUGUAAUAGAGAAACUGUCUGUUCGCUUGUCGAAAGUUGACAUGGUGAAGUUCAUGACGCAGGACCUCAUUAAUGCAUUACACAAUCACUUUAAAGAGAUACGGUUAUCAUCGAAAACGUCAAAGGAAUCAUCAGCCAAUCACAAAUACACAAUUUAUCCCUGGUUAGAGAAUGAAGAAAAGGAGAAAGAAUUCCUUAGAUUCCUAACCAAUUCUGUAAUGUUUGUGCUUCUACCAACAAACUAUGCCCAUUGUGAUAUCGUUCGACAUUUACUCAGGGAGAUUUUCACUGUGUCUGUUCUGAAGCCCGCCAUUGACCUGUUAUGCGAUCCGGAAUUUAUCAAUGAACAACUGCGCUCCUAUUUAAGUUACCGUGCCAAGUUGUCCGAAGACACCAGGAAGACCUAUUCUUACGCUGCCACAUAUGAAGAGUUUGUCAAAAUGAUUCAAAACUGUGAAGACAUUGAAUGCCUCAAACAACUUCGAUAUAAUAUCAUAAGUGAAAUUCUGCAAGCUACAACUAUUAACAACUGGAAGAAAUCACAAGGAAUCAGCACAGCUAAAGCUCAUGUACCAAAGAGUAUGGCAAAAGGAGAUCUUUUGAAAGCCAGGAAUUUGAAGAUAUACAUCAACCAAUUAACUGUUGCUAAGACGACUUGUGAGAAGAGGAUUCAUGCCAUUGGUGGCCCUGACUAUAAAUGUUAUGGUGAAGGAAGUGUCAAUGAAGAAUUAACUCUUCCUGGUCAGAAAAUUAUUUCGGUGAAAACCGUGAUGGACACACCAGAACUAAGACUUUUCUUUCUCAAGUUCCUUCGUCGAAACAAUACCCAUGCACUUCUAGAGUUCUGGAAUGAUGUUGAAGAGUUAAAGCAAAUUGCCAAGGAUGAACAACGGACGAAAGCAUGUCAGAUCUUACAACAAUACUUCUCUUCAUCUAACAACAGUAUUAUUUUGGAAAAGAAGAUCAUUAAGAUGAUGGAAUCGUUUGUUCUUGGAGACACAGGACUGGAUGGUUUUGCCGAUGGCCAGACCCAGGUUUACCAACUGUUAGAAAAAGAACAUUAUUCAUCUUUCAUAGUCAGUGAUAUUUAUCAUGAAUACAUAGCUGCCCUGGAAAGUGAACCCUCUGCAAAAUCCCCUCUUGACGAUUGUAUUGAUGGUAAAGAGAGUUUUAGUUCCUUUGAAGUGGGCAAAGAUGUCCUUUUCGCUGAUCAGUCAUAUUCCAUCCAGAAGAAACUUGAGAAAUUGGAUGAAAAAAUUGUCAAUAAAAGUCAAGCCCUCGCUACAUUGCUCACUUCUACCAAAGCUGAUUCUAAGUUUAAAAAAGUUGUCGAAGACUUAAAGAAAGAAUUGGAAACGUUGCAUUGUGAGAAGAACCAGUUUGCUGCUUAUGUUCAACGAACAGAUUUAUGGUGGGAAAACCAGGGCAAAUGGAAGGCUCAAGUGCACAGCGCUGAUAUUGUUUCAGAAGGAGACAAAUUAACUCCUUACUUCGUUAUUGGUGUUGAUGUUGACGAUGCCGACUCAUUAAUGAAAAGUGAAGGCUGGUCGAUUUCUCGAACAUUGGCUGAUUUUGGUGUUUUGCAUGAAAAGCUCAUCCAGAUUGGUGCAUGGCUGAAAAAGAAGGAACUUCCAAGUACCAAUAAGAUGUGGUUUAAAUCCAUUGGGGAAUCUUUUCUGGAGAAAGCUAAAGAAACUCUCAAUAAUUAUCUCAUUACUGUAAUGAAAGACGAUCGUAUGGCUCAAAGUGAAGCACUCUUUGAAUUCCUCUCACCGGCGCCAGACUUCCUCAGUCAGCAGACACAAAACCGAAGCAACUGGAACUUUUCUCUUGGUAAAUUGUUUCGGAAACUCCCUGUUAACUCUGACACUGAUGCUGAAGAUGAAUUCCUGUUUGUUAACUGUGAAGGUGGUAAAGAGGAACAGAACCGCGAUUCCAUUGCCGAGCCGUUACACCAUUUGAUUAAUGAAAUCUUCGAGCUGCACGGUCCACUGAAAUGGUUACGGAAAAGCUUCAUAAUAUGCGUUGAAGCGAUGUGUGGAGGCCCCAUUAAUAGACAAUUACGUAUGGCUGUUGACUGGAUGUUCUCUGAUUCGAUGCUAAUUUAUUACAUAAAAACAUUCAAAGACUCUCUUUGGCCCAACGGCGUUCUGGCUGAGCCAUCUCCACCAAGGACAGAAGAGGAAAAAAUGAAAAUCAGAAUGGAAGCAAAAGAGAAAAUUAUUCAAAAUGUACCUGACGUACUAAAGACAUUGGUCGGUGAUGACAAUGCAAGACAAGGGACCAUUAAAAUAUUUGAAAUUCUACAAGAUGUCCAGUUAAACAAGCAGUUGUUUUAUAAUGUUCUUGAACUUGUCCUACAAGAAGUCUGUCCUGAAUUGAACAUCAAAUUCCCUUCAAAACAUUUUUUUUUAUCAACGGGAGUCGUUCAGUGACUCCUCGUUCUUACCUGAGUAGUUUGAUAGUCAGUUGCCUCCAUCGACUCUCCUUUCAUUCUGUUUUACUGAUAUUUUCAUUCUGUAGCUCUAAAACAAAAUAUUUCAUUGGUUUGUAAUAUACAGGGACCACCCUUUGUCUUUUAAUGCUAAUUAUCACCGUGAGAGUGAAUAAGUUUGUAGGAGUAAGUGACCAAAUCUUUGACAUCUAACCUUUGUUAGGUGUCAGAGGAUGUUAGUUGGAUUAUCUCUCAAUUUUCUAUUUGUCUAUGGUCUUUGCCUUAAUUUUAAAGGUUGAAGUCUGACGGGAGUUUAGUAAACACAGCCCAGUGCUAAUGGCAGAAUAUGAAUCAUUGAUCUUUUACUUCAUAAACUGACAUUCCGUUUGUGAUAGAAGCAUUAAUAAAUAACCAAAGUUUCUUCACCAACUGUUACUAAUUUUGUUUACUCUUUAAGUGGGGAAUAUAAUUCUUCAGUAACAAAGACCACAAAAAAUGGGGACCAUAAAAAGUUUUAAAUAAAAACAACAGAACAAGUAUAAUUAAACCUGUAAGAAACUGGUUUAAUUUGUUGUUUAUUAAUUAAUUAUAUA